AUGAACCACGAACUCUUGGUUCAAAUCGGUGAACGAGCCUGCAGAAAUGCAGAAAACGUGACUCUCCCUGCCGAGCUGCACGGAAUCUUCUUCUGUGCUCCGAGCUAUCGGGAAGGAAUGUACGUUCCUCUCUGUCUCGCGUGCCCCUCCAUUCUCCUUUCCGUUUCAGUGCCACCCAAGUGUUCGUCGCAAUCUCUUUCGUUCUUUUGAUGGCCACUGCCAUCAUCGGAAACUCUGUCGUCAUGUGGAUUAUCUACAAGCACAAAGUGAUGCAUUACGGAUUCAAUUACUUUCUUUUCAACAUGGCGUUCGCUGAUCUUCUGAUUGCUCUGUUCAAUGUCGGAACCUCGUGGACGUACAACUUGUACUACGAUUGGUGGUAAGAGAGCCAACGGAGAGUCAGACUGAGAGUCAUUGCUUUUGCAGGUACGGAGAUCUGUGCACGCUCACUUCCUUCUUCGGAAUCGCGCCCACCACUGUUUCCGUGUGCUCCAUGAUGGCUCUCAGUUGGGAUAGAUGCCAGGCAGUCGUGAAUCCACUCCAGAAACGUCCGCUCUCCCGAAAAAGAUCCGUCAUCGCCAUCCUCAUAAUCUGGGUCGUCUCCACUGUCACUGCUCUCCCGUUUGCCGUCUCCGCUUCCGUAAUACUUUCAAUACAACUAAUCCGCUAUUAUUAUUUUGUCUUCCAGGUCAAUUCUUUCUAUACCUACGACGUUGCCACUUCCACCGUCUCAAAAACGCACGUCUGCUCCGCUCCUGUCAACUCUUUGUUAGUUUGCCAACUCUUUCCGCUUCAACGCGUCUCCUCUUCUGUUCCAGCUUCGAAAAGGUGUUAUUCGGCAUCCAGUACGCGCUUCCCAUCAUCAUCCUCGGCUCCACGUUCACCCGAAUCGCCGUCGCGUUCCGAGCAACAAACGAAGCGACGGACAGCAGUUUGAAGAACAAUCACACGAGAGCGAAGAGCAAGGUUCCUCUUCCCGCGCCCGUUCUCUCUUUCAUUCCUUCGUUGCUCAGGCCGUCAAAAUGCUCUUCCUGAUGGUCGUCGCUUUCGUCGUUUGCUGGCUUCCAUAUCACAUUUAUCACGCGUUCGCACUCGAAGAAUUCUUCGAUGCGACCCACGGAAAGUACGCGUAUCUCCUGAUUUACUGGAUCGCCAUGUCUAGCUGUGCCUACAAUCCCAUCAUUUAUUGUUUUGCCAAUGAGAGGUACGCCACUUUCAUUCCCAUUCAUUUCUGUUAUUAUUGGUUAUUUAGAUUCCGAAUCGGUUUCCGGUACGUCUUCCGAUGGAUUCCGAUCAUUGACUGCAAGAAGGAACAGUACGAAUACUCGCAACUUUUCCCCGACAGAAUGAGAAGUAUGGCCAUUUCUCUGCAGAAAGGAAGGGUCAAUUCUUCGUGCCUCGAGAAGAAAGUCAAAGACAGCUCAUCUCAAGGUACCAAGAUAUUGCUAUAA